UUCUGGGCGACGGCUUAGCGAGUAUGAGAGGCGCAGCUGGUGUCCUCCAGAUUGAGCGCAUUAACCGAGAGUCCUCGGCGAGGAGUGAGCGAGCCGCCCGGGGAGCAGCAGCGGCGUUGUGUCUGAGCUUUCUCUUUGUGUCUCGUAACCAUGUCCACCAACGAGAAUGCUAAUGCUAAUUCGCCAGCUGCCCGACUGAACAGAUUCAAGAACAAGGGAAAAGACAGUACAGAAAUGAGGCGGCGGCGAAUAGAAGUUAACGUGGAGCUGAGGAAAGCUAAGAAGGAUGACCAGAUGCUGAAAAGGAGAAAUGUAAGCUCGUUUCCUGAUGAUGCUACUUCACCAUUGCAGGAAAACCGAAACAACCAGGGCACUGUGAAUUGGACUGUAGAUGACAUUGUCAAAGGCAUAACCAGCAAUAAUCUGGAAAGCCAGCUACAAGCUACUCAAGCUGCUAGAAGUGACUGUAGUCCCAUCCAGUUUGAGUCUGCUUGGGCACUCACUAACAUUGCUUCUGGGUCGUCAGAGCAGACCAAGGCUGUGGUGGACGGAGGGGUCAUCCUGGCUCUCAUUUCCCUCUUGGUGUCUCCCCAUGCUCAUGUCAGUGAGCAGGCUGUCUGGGCACUGGGAAACAUUGCAGGUGAUGGUUCAGUUUUCCGAGACUUGGUUAUCAAAUAUGGUGCAAUUGACCCACUCUUGGCUCUUCUUGCAGUCCCGGAUAUGUCAUCUUUAGCAGCGGACUUUAAGACCCAAAAGGAAGCCGUGUGGGCUGUGACCAACUACACAAGCGGUGGGACAGUGGAGCAGAUUGUGUACCUUGUUCAUUGUGGCAUAAUAGAACCACUGAUGAACCUCUUAACUGUGAAAGAUACGAAAAUUGUCCUUGUUAUUCUGGAUGCUAUUACAAAUAUCUUUCAGGCUGCUGAGAAACUAGGUGAAACUGAGAAGCUUAGUAUAAUGAUUGAAGAAUGUGGAGGCUUGGACAAGAUUGAACUGUCGGGUGUGCAGCCCAGUGAAGCCAAUGGCCUGCGGCUGGGCCCCGGGAAACUGAGCUAA